AUGACAGACGAAAUGGACGAAUUUUACCAAAAAAUCCAGAAAUUCUUCAUACGAAAGGAUUCUGAAGUUGGAAAAUUGAAGUUCUUAUCGUCAAGGACGACCGAGGACAACACAAAAUUCAUUCUGGAGAUCAUCACGUCGGUUGGUUCAAUAUUUCAGGAAUCCAACAUCCCUCUCAAAGAGAACGCAUCAGGAUCUAACACGAAGUGUAUUGAGGCACUGAAGUACCUCAUUCUGAACACUAAUUUCAAGGCCCAGGAAUACCUCCAGGAUGACAUCGUUCACGGUCAUUUGGUUGACAUGUGUCCUCCCUUGUCUCCCUAUCUCUUCAUCGAACUCAUUUGGUAUCUGAAAUACGACGAAAUCCUCGCUGAAUCGAUUCUCCAUUUGCCACUGGAUCUGUGCAUUGAAAUUUUGGAGAUUCUUCGACGAUGCGCUUACCUGUUGGACUUCCCUCGAAACUUCAAUCUCUUAAUAACCCUCGCUGCAAAUUGUUACACAAAAUUAUUGAUUAUUAGAGACGUUGGAACCCAGUCGCAGGAUUUUGAAGGAAAUCUUGACAGUUUGAUAAUCAACUUCCAGGAAAUUAUGACGUUAUUCAGAGAGAAGAAGUACACGAGGUUAUCCGAGGUCUCUGACAUAAAAAGGAGCGAACGUUACGGAAAUAUCCUCCGGGAGAUCCUGAAAUUGACGAAAAGUUGUUUGGAGUUGAGUAAUAAAGAGAUCACGAUUGAAUCUGAAAGAGAAAAAUUAUAUAAAAUCACUUUUGGCCGAGAACCUCUUCAAAAAUGCGACGUAGAAGUUGCUGCGAAUCACAUAAAAGCUUUAGACUUAGAACUAUUGAACCUUCUCUUAACAAAAAUCAAGGAAAUAAAUUGUAAUAUUUAUCUAGACUGGGCUUCUCUGGAAGUUGACGAGAGUCCUUGUGCCUCUCUCCAACAAGUCAUAGGGAUUGAGUGCUUUCAUUUCAUCGAAUUAAUUAAAACAACCGACGUCGAGGCUCAGGAUCAUCUCGUCCAAUGCCUCCAGCAGUUGUCAGUGAAACCGCAGUCUCUCAACGAUUGCACAACGAUGACCCUGAGGGAGUUGUGCGAAGGAUUGGAGAAGGGGAAUCACAAUUGCCUCAAACAAUUAUUAAAUCAACGAGAUAAUUGGGACAACUCUGUCUUCGAAGCGAUCCGUAAAAAAGUCGAUCUAUUCGACCGAGAGGAUUUGGUCAAUCUUCUUGAAUACUUGACUGAAUUAAUGGGAAAUGAUGGACAUGAAGAGCACAAGCAGAUGGUCUAUAGUGUAGUUACUCGAGCGUUUUUCCUUCAGAAGCUCAAGGACUUGUACGAAAUCACCCUCGAACACAUUCUGAAGCACAACGCAGACAAUAUUUUGGAAUCAGAGAAUACUGAAAAAAUGUUCAUGUCAUUCAUACUGAAGAAUCCAGACAUCAAAACUCCAAAUAGAUUGAAGACAGUUCUAUUUUUUUUACUCAAAAAUCCGCGUAAAUAUCUGAUGAUUUUGAUGAGAAUUUGUAUUGGAUCUGAGGAGUACAGUAAUGUUAUGAUUAAUCCAGAUGAUUUGACUCGUCUUUCUCCAGUGAUGACCAUAACCAAUGAGGGGGAUAAAUUAGUUCUCUCGUGUUUGUUGAAAAUUUCCCUGGAAAACACUGAAUUCUCAGUCGUUAAGUUCUCCAGUUUCAUCGAGUCAAUGAUUAGUCACAAUAUCUUUACUCUCGACGAAUUGAUACGAACGAUUUACGUUCCCUUAAUUGAAACUCCAAGUUUGUCCAUCUCCACAGUUAGAACAGUACUCAAUAAUAUUCGUCAAACGUAUGUAACGUUGAACAAUGUUAACAGCCAACUGUUGCUCAAGUCAUUGGCUAAAAGAAUGUCACAAUUGCGUAAUGACAGAACUAUUUCCAAGCACCUCAGCAGUGAAAUACUCACCUUGGCCAUUAGAAUAGUGCAAACAGUAUUAUGUACACGUGAUAAUUGGUUUGAAGAUGCUGACAAUAGACGUUGGAUUAUUGAAGUUGAAGGACUGCUUCAGCCUGUGGACAAAUUUUAUUUUUCCAAACUGUUCAACUCCUCAGGGUACUUCGAUGUCACUGAGAUUAUCGAUGAUUAUUUAAGACAGAUCAACACGAUUGUACAAAAAGUUAUGCUGGAGAUCGAGGACGUGUCAAUCUCCAAAUUAAAAUUAGAAAAAGACAUAAUGAGACACUUAAUUCUAACCUGCACAGAGUCUGAGUACGUGAGAAUAGCAUCUGAGGUGACAGUCAUUCACUGGGAUUAUUUUCAAUGCGAUGAUGAAGUCGAGGGCUUCGAUAGAAUCGUUGAAUCAACAAUCGAAGCUUGUGAAUAUUGUUUGAGAACUUCAACAGUGAAGUCCGACCAUUUUGGGUAUCUCGUCAAGUCGUUAUCGAAAUUUAUCAAGGGGUUGAUUCAUUUGGAGUUGGGCAUUGAUAAACAAUUACUGGUUAAUUCAUUUCUCAGUAAUUUCCGGAAACUUAAUGAGUGUGUCAGAGGUACGGGGCUGGAGGAUUUGUAUAAUGAGACAGCAGUGAGGAUGAAUAAUCAGCCGAGUCAUGAGUCAGCAAUUGACUCGUUAGCGGAAGUUGUUAAAUCUCUGAGCGACUUUGGUGAUAAGUGCUUGAACGGAGUCAUUGGAAAUAAAUGGGAAUCCAAAAGAGUUUUGAAAGAGGAAUUGUAUCAGCAUUUCAUUUCUAUGUGUCUUACGGCAUCAUUUGAUAAUCAAUCUUGUGUUCUUACGAGAGUCAAGGAUUUAUUUCUCUCUAAUCAGUGAUGUUGCCCAAACUGGUAGGAACUUAUCGUUCCUUUGUACGCUUUAAAUGAUUAAUAAACGUGGGGAAAUAUUAAAAUUGAUGAGGAGUUCAUUGAUUGCAGGGCUAAUUAACACAUGUAAAUUUCAAACAAAUGGAACACAGAUUCAAUAUGUUUUUUAACAUUGUUGGGUGUGAAAAUUGGCUUGAUGACAAAGGAAAUACAAAAGAAAAAACUGUGUCGUAAAAUUAAUGUUUAGAUGCCCUGAAUUUAGCUUUAGAAAUGAUAAAAAUUACUUGAAGGUACUGUAACUCGGGGAAAAAUGAACAGAUCAGUAUUGAAUCAGCUUUUCAUUUUCAUGUGUCUUAUGACAUCAUUCCAUAAUCAAUGCUGUGUUCUAAGGAGAGUCAAGGAUUUAUUUCUCUCUAAUCAGUGAUGUUACCUAAACUGUUAGGAAUUUAUCGUUUCUUUGUACGUUUUGGGUGAUUAAUAAAUGUGGGAAAAUAUCAAAAUUUAUGAGCAAUUAGUGGAUUACAUGACCAACUAACAUAUGUAAAUUUCAGAAGACAAAUUCAACACGAUUCAACAUAAUUUUUAUCAACAUCGUUGGUUCUGAUAAUUGAUUUAAUGACAAAUGGAAAAUGAAAGAAAAAAAAAUGUGGUAUUUACGUUUCGAUGGCCCUGAAUUUAGUUUUAAAAAUGAUAAAAAAAUGACUUGAAAGUGCUGCAACUCGGGGAAAAAUGAACAAAUCUAAUUGAAGUUUCCUUUUACGUGUUUUUGCGACGGUCUCUGUAAUUCCUGACCAUCCACUGUAGAUGAGGAAGUCUUUACAUUCUUCCAAUUAGUGUAUUCGAGAAUUUCAUAGAAUUUGUCGGAAAAUACCGAGAAAAUCAGUCCUGCAUUACUCAAAAAUUAUGUAAAUUUUCUGAAAUUUUUUCAAGAACUAAAGUCUUUAUGGCAAUAUCCACAACUUGAAGAUCAGCGGAAGAGAAUGAUAUUCAAAAUUGAUAAAUAUCGUACACAAAAAUUUAAACUAGAACUCUUCACAUUCCCUCAGAAGCUCCAAAAAUUCUUUACUUCUCUUUUUUGGCGUUUAUCUCCAAAAUUUAAAGUUUUGAGAAAAAAUCCGAAAGAUGCUUUAUUGUAGAUGAUUAAAUUUUCUACAAAAAAUGUUUUAUCAUCUUUUUCUCUAAAAUGACUCCUGAAUGACGUAAUCCCGUAAUUCUGUGAUGAAUGAACUGUGGAGACGUCCAAGGUAUUCGUCUAGAGGUUUGUAUUGAAAAAAAAAUUGAGUCCAUUUUACCCCGCAGUUCAGUUUGCCUUACCCUCCCUUACUACCACCCUAAGACGUGCAAAAUUCGCAUUCUUUUAUAAAAAAUAUAUAUCAAAAUAUAUUUUUUGGAUAAUAGCAAAGAAAUAUUUUUAGAAAGAAUUAAUUAUUUUUCAUUUUGAUGGUAUUUGUGCUAUUUUAAAACAAUAAAUUUUUCAAAAUGACUCACAAUAGAUUGAAGCACCCGAAUUUGCAAACGAUUCAGGAAAAAUUAUUUUGGUACAAUUGGAAGAAAUAUUUUUUUGAUUUUCACUCGAUAUUUCUCUGAGCGACCGACAUUUUCAUAUAAAACUCUUGGAGUUAAUUUAUAAAUUCCUCUUCCUCGUCUGACUAAAUAAAUUUUUUUACAUAAUUUUUUUUCAUUAUGCAUUCCUUUCCUCUCAAUAUACAUCGCCUCUUCCUCCAGACGUUUAUCGCACGAAGAGUCUUAUCAAUUUUUCGUUUCCUCGUAUGAGACAUGUGAUGGAAUUCGACAAAACCGCAAUAAAAAUAAUAAUAAUAAUAAUAAUCGCAGAGUAGGAAAAUUGAAAUGGGUAUGAUACAUCAUCAGUCGCACAACUAAUUGAUGAUUAGUUAUUGAUAUCAAAUUUUGAAAUUCCACAUUUGCCCAUAGUAAUUCAGACAAAAAUCCUCCGACAAAAAACCUUUUGGCAAAAUAACUUUUUCUCGUUUUAUUUUUGUCUGGUCAUCAGUCUUAUGACAAACGGACGUAAUCAAUUUUAUCAAUUUAUCUGCAAUAAAUUGAUAAAAUCAUUGUGUUCUAGGAAUAAAUAAUCAAGUUAUCAAACACAUCAAAAAAACAAAUCGUAAAAUACGAGAUUUAAAACGUAAUUUAUGUAAUUUUUAAGAACGUAAAUCACGAUUUUCUGUUCGAAAUUUACGUUUUUCAAAAGCGUAAUUAACAUUUUUUUGACACGUAAUUUAUGAGUUUAAAAAUCUCCAAAAUUAUAUUUUAAAUUUUAUAUUUAAUCACUAGUUUUUUUUUUCUGUAUAAAUUUUUUUUCUCCACUCGGCUUUUCUUUAUCUCCAGUAAAAAAAUCAUUAUUAUUGUUAAUGUUUUAUUGUAUAUAACUUGAUCCUAUAAUAUUUACAGUUUUCUUCACAUCGUAAAAAAUAUACCAUAUACAGGUAAGGCCGAUAUACAAUCUAAAUCGUGGUGUUGUUACUUUUUAUGUUGCUCUUGUAUCGUUUUCAUUUUUUUAAUUAUAUUAUCACUCAGAUUUUUUUUUAUUCUACGAUUUACGAAAAAACCAUCCGUGAACCCGAGGUGCUAACCAAAAUACAUUUUUCUACACAUACAAUUCAAAAUUUAAACCAUAAUCUUCAUUAUUUUCUGCUCAUCCAUUGUUUCAUUCUCUUAAUUAUCGAGUUUCAUUCUAUUGAUAAGUAGAAAAAUUAUCCCCGAUCGAUGAUAUGCUAACACAGGCAAGUGGCGCAGCCAGAGUUUUAUUUAUAUUUUCCAAGUGUUGUUUUUUAUUCUA